AUGGCAAACCAAAUCUACCAAUACUCGCUUCUCAGCGCCCUGAUGCACGGCAUCUGCCACGAAGGUGCAACUGUUCAGCAAGUCCUCCAACACGGAGACCACGGCCUGGGGACUACCCGCGGCUUGGACGGCGAGAUCAUGAUCGUGGACGGCAAGGCCUAUCACUUCCCCUCGAACCCUAAGCAGUCGCCGCGAGCUCUCCCUGCAACAACCAUCCUGCCCUACGUGGUAAUCACCCGCUUUCAACCCACUCUGCACAAAAGCCUCCCCUGUCUCCCCAUUGCCUCCCUACACGACGCCCUCUUCCCCCUCCUCCCGACCCAGCAAAACACAUUUAUCUCCGUUCGCCUUGACGCCUGGUUCCAUAGCAUCCGCUUCCGCGUGAUUCCCGCACAGAGCCGACCACGGGAAUCGUUGAAAGUCCUCGCCACGCGUCAGGUUGUUAAGGAGUGUCGCGACAUCCGCGGCGUGAUCUUCGGGUUCUGGUCCCCACCGUACACUAGUGGGUUCAGCGUCGCCGGGUUCCAUCUCCAUUUCAUGUCGGAGGACGGCGCCAGCGGUGGCCAUGUCGUGGGGUUCGAGGCGGGCGGGGAGGAGGUCAAGCUAUCGGCGGCACCGAUCCGGGAUUAUCGGGUGGAAGUACCUGCGGGAGAAGAGUUUCACGAGGCACCGGUUGGAAAUUUUGCAGACAAAGAGUUACAUGCUGCGGAAAGGGCUUGA